AUGGCUCUGCCGCUGCUGCCCGGCUUCUCCGUCGGCCGGAACUUAGGGAAAGAAAAGUUCCACAGAUCGCAGCACUGGGGCUACUGCAAUAAUGUUGCUAUGCUGGUUGCAGAAGAUAAACCUGGAAUAGGAGGUGAACCAUUACCUGGACAGAAGCUGAAACCUAAAUCCAGCGUGUUUCCUGCAGAGCUUGGAUGUGGUGCUCCUGCCUGGAUAGCGUUUGACAAGCAGGUAUUGUCUUUUGAUGCCUAUUUUGAGGAAGAAGUGCCAGAUAAAAAUCAAGAACUAUAUAGAAUAAGACACUGCAAAAUAUACUUCUACCUUGAAGAUGAUACAAUUCAAGUGGUUGAACCCCAAAUGAAAAAUAGCGGCAUAAUUCAAGGAACUAUUGUUCGACGUCAUCGGAUUCCACUUCCAUCUCCUAAUGAAGAUCAGUUCUAUACUAUAGAUAAUUUCAAUAUCAACACUGAAGUAAUCUUUUAUGCUCGAAGAUACAAGAUUAUAGACUGUGACCAGUUCACAAAAAAUUUCUUGAGGAAGAUGGGAUUUAAAUUAAAUCCUCCAGGAAAUUGUCCAGAUGACCCAUAUACCAAAGAGCGGCAAAAGAUCCUAGAUAGCAUGAACCCAUUGCGCCCUUAUGAGCGCAUUGACACUUUGAAACAAUUUCUGGAGCAUGAUAGGCAUGUUUUACGCUUUUAUUGUGUGUGGGAUGAUCCAGAAUCCCUGUUUCAUGACCCACGGGAGCUCGUUCUGCACUAUUAUUUGUCUGAUGAUACUAUUGAUAUAAAAGAAGUUAUACCGGUAAACUCGGGCCGGGAUGUAGUUCCACUUUUUCUCAGAAGAGAUAAGCUUCCAAAGUAUGCUCCAACUGGUUUGUAUCAGCCAGGCACAAUCACCAGUCACACUGUUCUCAAUGUAUUUGGAAAUUUAGUAGGAAAUAGAGGCCGUUACAUUCUGGACAAUCGUAAGACAGGAGCAGUGCAUCAGGAAUUUUACAGAGACAGCGACCUGAAAAUAGGGGCAGUAAUUAAUGUUUGGGGAAGGCGGAUAAUGCUGUGUGAUUGUGAUGAAUUCACUAAAGAUUAUUACAGAACAAAAUAUGGAAUUGAGGAUUUCACCCCAGUUCCGUAUAAAGCUCCGUCACCUCCAAAAGCAGAAAAACCUAUUCCACCGUAUACUGGAUUUGGUUCUGAAGAGGAUUCCCUGUGCUCCUGCAUGAGUUUGAUUCCCAAGCCUCCCCAAAAAGAUUUCAAGAAAUUCAUGGAAAAAGACAGAUGUGGUCUUGAAAGUAACACGCUGCGCUUUCUUGCGAAACUUGCUACUGAAAAUCCUAUUGAUAAGGAUCGGAAAUUCGUUAUUUGUUACUUCCUGAGUGAUGAUACUAUUUCUGUUUUUGAACAUACACAGCGGAAGACAGGGAUACUUGGUGGGAAGUUCUUGGAAAGAAGUCGCAUUAAAAAGCCUGGGCAGGAGCUCUUUAAGAGUGAACCAUCUGAAUACUUCAAGGCUCAGGAUCUGUUUAUUGGAGCCAGAGUUUGUUUCCAUGGCCACAACUUUCUUUUGGUGGAUGCUGAUGAAUACACUAUCAACUAUAUGGAGAAGCAUGCAAAUGAGUUCGCUGUGGCUGAUGCUGGUUUCAUCUUCAAGAAACUGAAAGAUAUAGCCGAACCUCGUUCCCGAGAAAUCAGACAGGUGUUUGCAGCUGCUGACCCUCAGCAUACCAAGGUGAUAGAGUAUGACCCUUUCAGAAAUUUGAUAGUCAGUAUCACGGAUGGAGCGUUUUCAGAGCAUGAGAUUAUGACUCUUGGACGCCAUUACAGAGAGAAAGAAGAAUAUGAAAUGGACCACUACUUCCUCCUUGCAAAGGCUCAAGAACAGCUAAAGAAAAAUACUUUUGAGAAUUUUGAACAACUAUCUGUAGUACUUGCGUACAAUGACCAUGAAAAAUGUGGAGUGUUACCCUAUGAGACCUGCAGGACUGUUUGCAAGUCCUUCAAGUUGCCAUUGUCCGAUGAUCUUCUACAAACUAUACUGACCAUGUUUGAAGAUGACCAUAAGCAAGUGGAAUAUAAAAAGUUUGUGGAUGCAGUGAACUGGAGAGAGAAUCAAAUCCCUGCUUUCCAGACAAUAAAGCUUCCUCCUCAGAAUGAAGAUAACUGGAACAGACAGCCACCAUUCCUUCCCGUGAAAAGAAUCAAAUACUUGCCUCUCCUGGAUGACCUGUUUGGCAAAGAAGAAUGA